AUGUCCGACAGUGAUUUCGACAAAGACACGCGUGUCGCAAUCACUCAACCCCAGGGAAACAGCACAUCGACCCCAUCCCAGUUGCAUACCUCAGAAAACCCCCGCGUGGUGGAAGAGGUCGAAUCCGAACAUGACCAUACCUCUGUGUCCUCAGCAUCAACGCGAUCCGACUCAAUUGCCUCAACAGACACGCGCCCAGCCAUACACCACACAUGGAGCAGGAAUACAGGCCACUCUUGGCCCGGUGAUAAGGACGACGCCAUCGCCACCGUGACUACCAACGCGACUCAAGACCCCCACUUUGAGGUCGACUUCGACGAUGACGGCGAGAACCCACAAGACUGGCCAAUGGCUAAGAAGGCACUUGUUAUCUUUUUCAUGAGCUUCUCCACCCUAGUCGUAGUCAUGUACUCCACAAGCUACACAAGCGGCAUACCGGGCAUGAUGGCGACGUUUGGCAUACGCUCAAAGACGCCUGUCAUUCUAGGCAUCACGACAUACAUGUGUGGUCUCGCAAUCGGAUCACUGCUUCUCGCGCCACUCAGUGAAAUGUACGGCAGAAGACCAGUGUAUUUGACUUCCGUUGCCGCCUUUACAAUUCUCGUCUUGCCAAGUGCCAUGGCAAACAACCUCGCACAGAUUCUUGUCAUGCGCUUUUUUGGUGCCAUUGCAGGAGCUGCCAUGAUCUCCAACGCUCCAGGCACCGUCUCUGACAUCUCCCGCGAAGACUACCGCGCCCUGGCCUUUUCAAUCUGGUCUCUUGGGCCCAUGAAUGGACCCGUUAUAGGGCCCGUGAUUUCUGGCUUUGUGUUCCAGGCUCUGGGCUGGCGAUGGACAAAUUGGGUUGUGAUGAUCGGCUCCGGUGCCUCAUGGUUCAUGGUGUUCAUGGUAAAGGAAACAUAUGCGCCAGCCAUCCUUCGGGCAAAAUCCGCCAAGAAACGCAAGGAAACAUCUGACCCUCGAUAUUACUCGCGCUACGAUGACAAGAAAUCAUUCUGGCCUCUGUUGAAAGAGAACCUAUACCGCCCCUUCAGUAUGGCCUUCAACGAGCCGAUUUGCAUUUUCUGGGAUGUUUACAUUGCGCUCGUCUAUGGAGUUUUGUACCUUUGCUUCGUGUCAUAUCCAAUCGUUUUUGGAGAACUCCGAGGCUGGUCGCCUGGACUAGUGGGACUCGGUUACAUCGGCAUUGGCGUUGGGGGUGUACUGGUAAUAGCCUCUGAGCCACUUAUCCGCCGUAUGAUCAACAGUCACAAGAAGGACCCUGAAACGGGUAAGCCGUAUCCAGAAGCUAUGGUCAGUGUUGUUGUCAUUGCAGCGGUUUGUGUCCCAGUGGGCGAAAUGAUGUUUGCAUGGACUUGCACCCCUAAUGUUCACUGGAUCUUUCCAAUCCUUGCUGGUGUUCCAUUCGGUGCCGGCAAUUGUGGCGUCUUCAUAUAUGCCUCAAACUACCUUGUCCACUCUUAUGGCAUUUAUGCCGCCUCUGCGCUUGCUGGAAAUGCAGUCCUCCGCUCUGCAAUGGGCGGCGCCCUUCCUUUGGCCGGUCCCCAGAUGUAUAAGACCCUUGGUCCGCACUGGAGUGCCACUAUGUUAUCGCUGAUAGAAUUUGCCAUGAUACCUAUCCCUGUGAUAUUCUACCUCUACGGCCAUAAGAUUAGGGAAAAGAGCGCAUUGAUUAGGCAGAUGAGAGAGGAUAGAGAGAGGUUAGAGAACAAGAAGAAAAGGGCUGCUGAGAAGGCUGAGAGGUUAAGAGCAGGGGACGGGGCAGCGGAUUUGGAAAAACAGAAAAUAGACGUUUGA